AUGCGAGUACAAUUGCAAAAUGAUCCAUCGGCAAAAAUAUUUUCUGAGCAAUUGCUGGAUAUUGGAAACGGUAAAAUAGAACAUCAAAAUACACAAUGCAUCAAAUUGCCAGACAAUUUUUGCAAUGUAGUGCAGACAAAAAAUGAACUAAUUGAGAGUGUCUUCCUGGAUAUACUGAAUAAUUACUUGGAUCAGAAUUGGCUUAGUCAACGUGAUAUUUUAGCAGCAAAAAAUAAUGAUGUUGACAAAAUUAACUUUCAGAUACAACAGUUAUUGCCAGGUGAUUUUAUGUCUUUUAAAUCAAUCGACACUACUGUCGAUGAAAACGAAGCAGUAUAUUUUCCCACUGAAUUUUUAAAUUCUCUGGAAAUACUAGGAAUGCCACCACACAAACUUCGAUUGAAGAUUGGUUUACCAGUUAUUAUUUUGCGUAAUUUGUAUCCACCUAAAUUAUGCAACGGUACACGUUUGGUAAUCAAAAGGAUCACCGGAAAUGUUCUUGAAGCAACUAUUUUGACUGGGAAGUUAAAAGGAGAAAUUGUGCAGUUGCCACGUAUUCCAAUGAUACCAUCAGAAUCUCCUAUACCAAUUAAGACUUCAAUUUCCUAUUCGUUUGGCAUUCGCAAUGACCAUAAACAAGGCUCAAGGACAAACAAUGUACAUUUGUGGCUUGGACUUGGAAAAUCCAUGUUUUUCCCAUGGACAACUAUAUGUUGCAUGCUCACGUGUGGGGAAGCCAUCAAAUCUAUUUAUAUUAGCAAAAGACAGGUUAACCAAAAAUAUUGUACACCGAUUAGUUCUUAG